CUUCCUUAUAGCUUCAAUAACAUGUUUCUGGUGACACGCCAGGUGCAUUCUUAUGGCACUAGAAGUUCGGAGCAUUUUUAUUUACCGCAAUGCAGGACUACUAUAAGAAAGUUCUCCAUCAGUUUCCAAGGUCCUAAAUUUUUUAACUCUCUUAGUUUUGAAAUUCGAAAUACAACAAGUACCGCUUCCUUUUGCUGUAAACUGAAAGCAUUCCUCUUAUCAUAAAUAGUAAUUUAUAUAUAUAUAUAUAUAUAUAUAUAUGUAUUUUUUUUUCUUCCUUUGCUCUUUUAUUUUCAUUUGUUUUGUUUUGUUUUUUCUUUUUGUCAUUUCGCUUUUUUUAGCCUAGAACUAUGAUUAGUACGACUAUCUAAUAUACUUAUUUUAAGAUUUACUGUAGCUCUGCCAUUGAUUUUCCCAUGUGUAAUUAUGAUAAUAUUUUGUUCUUAUUAUUUAACUGAGGGAGCCCAUUCCUUAUAAGCCCGGUGGCUUCUCUUGGGCUUCCUCGCCAUGAGAGUUUAAGUAAUUAGAUUUCAUUUGAUUUGUAUAAUUUUUUGGCAAACAAAACAAUAAACAAUAAACAAUCCGAGUAUGUGUUUUCACGUAAUUAUAUGUGUUUUGUAUGUAUUAUGCUGGUAUGUGUUUCCACUUUAAGACUAUGGGUGUGUUGAAAGCUUGUAUAUCCACAGUGCUUCAAUAUUAUUAAAAUCUUGAAAAGGGAAAAGUAGUGCAAAAGAGAAGAUACAUGAAGAAGUGUUUCCAGGUAUUUUAAUACAAUGUCCUGUUGGUCUGUGUAGUAAUAUUUUAGCCAUUCAUCUGAUUUGAAAAAUUUCAUUAUACAGUUAAUAUAGUUUUUUAGAAAGUGCCAGUGGCUUAUUGCUGCCAUUUUUCAGUUCAUUGUUCUUAAUUAGUAAACAAAUAUUACUAUGAUAAUAUCUAAUUAAAAGAACUUGUCUCAAAUUUUUGUUUUCAUUGUAUAACGCUCGCUAAAUUAUAGGUGAUAAGUUGUGAAAGCAACUAUAAUACAGAAAACACCCAGAAGGUACGGUUUUCUUAAUGGAGAAGAGGAGUGUCUUAUCUAGUGUUUUAAGGACGUACAGUGCAAUAUUGAUACUUGCAAUUCUGUGAAAAAUAAGAUGAUUUUCAUAUAAGUUUCUUCUGAAACUGAAAAUACUAGUUUACAAAUUUACCAGUGAACUGAUGAGUAAAUGUUAUAAAAUAGAGGUGGCCACAGUUCUUGUUUAAUGUAUGCAAUCAGAUUGAAAAUGUGGUUAUUACUCAACAGUGUGAGUACAAUCACCAUUGUGACUAUAAUUAAUAUCAUAGCUCAAAGUUUGAAGUAGUGAAACUGAAAAGGAUCCUUAAAUGUAUGAUUUUAUGUUAUCUUCCUUCCUAACGAUCUUGAAUGAUCUGAAAAUCUUGCUCUUCCAAGCAGACUAAGAAAGGAAUAUGGCAAACCCUUUUAUAGACACACAGUGCUGCAUAUAAAUAGAAUGACAAUUAUAUCUAUUGAUUUCUCAACUCAAAAUUAAAACCUUUCCUGUUUUUUAGUCCUUGCUCAUAUAUAGUAAGUUUCCAAACAAGUAGGUUUAUAAUUUUUUGAGUGCUUGAUUAAGAUCCAAAAAGAUGAUUUUUUAAAUUUCUUUAUUGUACUGCAGCUUGCUAUCUGGAUUUUCUUUCUUUCUUUCUCUUUUUAUGUUUGCUUUGGAAAUAUUUUUUUGUGUGAAAGAAGAGAAUGUUGCUCUCUGAUAGGUUUAUAUGUAAGCUUAUCUUCCAGAAACGUUUUUCUUAGUUUCUUUUCAUUUUGAUAUGUUAAUUAUGCACCUGUUCCUGGAGAUAAAUUCUGUGUAAUGUGAAGAAAAAAGGGUUGUCAAAUAUCCCUCCAAUGUAGUUAAUGUUUGGUUUGUCAUAUUGGAGCAAAGCUUUAGUCCAGAAAAGGAGUUAAAUUACUAGUAUUUUAUUUGAGAAAAAAAAUCAGUGAGAGGUAUUUCCUUGCCUAUUAAUUUUAUAUUUUUCUGUGAAAACCUGUCAGUAAUUAUAUUUUACACAUUUUGUUUUAUUUAUUAGAUUCUUUUCCAUUUUUUAUUAUUAAGAAGCAGUCACACAUGUCUGUCCAUUUAUAUUUUGAUUCAUCUUUCAUUUAUUUGGACUGCAUUUGAAAUGGAAAUCUUCAUUGUAUUUUGCAUUUUUUAUUCCAAAGCUGACAGAAUUUCAUCUCAGUCAAAUAAGAAAGGUUCUUGGAUUUUAAAAAGGGCUUUUAUAGCCUAAUGUUAUUUGUUCUGUUGUGACAUUUGUAAUGAAGCUUUUUUUUAUUCAGUUUCUAAUUAUAGUUAGUCAUUUUAACUGGGAUUUGACAAAAUAUUAUAAAGUGUUCAUUUUGGAGCAAGUCAAAUCAAGUGUUCUUUGGUACAGUCUGUUUAAUAUUCAAAAAUUUGAUCAGUCGGUUAUUGUUUCCUCUCCUUGGUUUCUUCUUAGAUUUGAGAACUGUGCAGUCAAGUAAGUAGUUAAAUAUAUUGUGAUUUGUUAUGUAAAAUAAAUAUGUGGCAUUACCAGCACUUAGAGAUCAGAGGCUGUGUUAUGUAAGGCACUUGCAACAAGAGAACCCGAUUGUUGUGUUUUAAACAGAUGAGUGUGCUUUUUCUAGUCAAUAGAUGCUAUUUUAAAAAUCUCUAAAAGUCCAUGUCACUAGUGCAAAUCUUUUAUGGCUUUAUGGCAAAUUUUAAUCUUUUCCCUCAGCUGUAAAGGGCUCAUUAAUGCAGAAGUUUGUUCUCUUUUUGUUUGUACAUUGAAUAUCUGGUGUGUGUUCUAAUGAAUGCUAAAAGUAAGGAAUAAAAUAAUACUUAAUAAUGUUGUAGUUUACAGUGAAGUGAAAAGUGUUAUCCAAUGGUCAGGUUUGAUGUGGAUGCUUGUAAUUUAGUACUUCUUGCAUUUAAAGACUCAACAUGACAUGAUUUAAAUUUAUAGUCAGUGCAAUUAGCUGGAGUAAUGUUUUAGUUCUGAAAAUAUAUUGCAAUAUUGUUAUCGUUUGUGGCCCAAACCAACUUUUAGUUGUUUUGUUAAGGGUUUUAAGUUUAUUCUGUUUAUUUUAAUAAGCAGUCAUUUUAUUUUUGUUAAAAAUAUGUAGGGAUGAACUCAUUUCUCAAUCUAAAUUAAACAAGGUAGAGGAGUUAAAAUAUGCGACCAAGAAUUAGAAUGUGUUGUUCAUGUUUAGAACCCUUGUUAUUUUGUCCUUUUUUUGUAACACAGAUUACUGAAACCCAAGAGCCUUAUAUUAUAGCCCUAAUUCCCAUGUUUGUCAUUAUUUUGUGGUCACUAUUUAAACUUUAAUUUUUUGAGUCAUACUCAGCUUUGGUUAUUAAAAUUAUUGGCUUUUUAACCCACUUGCCCUUGGGAAUUACGCCAAAAAACCCGUUCUGGUCACUGUCGGGCCAUAAAGAGUUAAAACUUACCAAAAAGCCAUUUUCAGGUCAUACACUUUGCGGGCUGCUGAUCCAGAUACAAAAGUAGUUUCCGAAGUUCUAGCAUGCGCAGAAAGCAUAAUUUCAAGAUAGUUUUUGGGUUUACAAGUGCCACAGCCGUCUUGACUUUUUCUUUUCGCUUUCUCUCCUCCCCUCUUCUUUCCCUUCUCUUGCCUUUGUUUUUCUUUUGCUGGACGUUUAUAGUAGGGAAAUGUUUUUGGGAAAGCUUUUAGGAUCUUAGGAUUAGAUGAUAGGAAAGGUAGGUGGGUUGUCGAACAAGAUUUUCAUAGGAAUUUUUAGGUCAAUGUUACAUGGGUUUUUACCAUUUUCUCCAGUCUUCUUGACCAAAUCAAGCUAAUUCUGGUCAUUACGGGUGGUUCUGGGGUGAAUGGAUAAAACAGUUGAACCUUUGUUAACACCCUCAGGAAAAACAUUUUCUGGCUCCCCUUCCCAUUAAGACAUGAAUAUGCAACCACACUGCAAAGUUCAUCAUCACAUUUGUUGUUGUAUGUGUUGCAUGAAAUCAUGCAACUGCAUGAACUAUGUAGUGCGUGAAGGUUAUCACUUGGUCACGAAAGUUGUUAGAAUGGAUGACCAUUGUAGACUUCAUGCAGCAUUGUCAGUGCGUACGAUACAUUUACAUUAUUUUGUGUACAAAACCUUUAUGUCAUUAUCAAGACACAGUCAUAAACUAAUUUACAUAUAUUUCUAUAGCAUCAUUAGUGUUGUAUUUCUAUUAUUGUUGUAUUUUGUUUUGUAGAAUCUCCCUCAGAAAGUCUUCGUGUUCCUGAUAAUAGUAGGCAUGGAUCGGAUGGUAUGCAUCCAUUUGAUCAAAACCAUGGUGGCAUAACAAAUGGUUUUGACUCACAGCAGCAUCAGGCUGCGGCAGCAGAUCUCAGUGAUUGUGAGGUUCAGGAGAUUUUUGGCAAUUCUGCUGCCCCUGCAGCUGUUCAGGUUCAAGUUCAGAUGAAUGCUGAUGAUGAUCCAGACAGCUGUGUAGAUCAUGCAGGUUAGUACGUCAUUGUCUGGCCUGUUUCCUAACUUUGUCCAACAUUAAAAUUAUUGUUACUAUGAGAAUAAAGAAUCUAAUUAUCAAAGAUAAAAUAUCCUAAGUUGAAAACAGACAUAACAAAUAAAUAAUCAUACAAUGUAAAACAUUGUGGGUUAUAUGAAUUUUAAUUUAUUUCAUGCUUAAAAAUUAAAGCUCAUAUGUAAGUGACUUUUGUAUAAUAAAUGAUAGAGUUCCUGGAAAAAAGCCCUGACUGACUUCUAAUCAAAUUAAACUCCUUUUGUUAAAUUUUUUUUGAAUGAAGGGAGUGCUUUGCAACAUGAGGUGAAGUGUUACUCAGGGCUUUGUUCUGCUUUUAAUAUUAAUUAAAAAUAUAACUAUCUUUGUAAUUUUGAAAAUAAUUGUGGUGACCGCAGUUACAUUUCAGACUGUAAUAGGAGGCCACUUAAUCAACUAUUCAUCAACACACAUAUCUGCUAGUUUAAACUCCAAGCCCCAGAUAAAACUAUAAUGCUGGGUCUAGUUAGUUAAAAUGAAAUAGUGAAUAAGCCCCAGAGGUAUUUAUUGGUGGUAUAAUAAUAUUAAUAAUAUAUUAUUCCACGAGUGCAUGUUGGAUAAUGAUGAUGAUAAUAAUAAUAAUAAUAAUAAUAAUAAUAAUAAUAAUAAUUUAUAUAGCGCUAUUCAGCUUCUGUUUCAUAGCGCUUUACAAUGAUUAUGUGAUUGUGAGGUUCAGGAAUACAAUGAGGAUGCAAUGUAUGAGUUGGCUACAAUCAUCUCAUAUUCAACAAGCGUGAGUGGAAUAAAAAAUAAUAAUUUUCAGCAGACGGGUACAGUUACCAUAUUUGGAGAGCAUAGUAUAAUGGCUCAUAUACCAUGAUGGCUAAGCCAAUCAGAGCUCUAGAAUUGCAUUAUCCAAUGAUUCAGUUUUUAAUAAUACAUAGUAUAAACUUGAACUAUAAGCACUGGCAAAAUACUAAACUGUGGAACACAGAGCUUACAUCUAUUUUAUUUUAUUUUAUUUUAUUUUAUUUUAUUUUAUUUUAUUUUAUUUUAUUUUAUUUUAUUUUAUUUUAUUUUAUUUUAUUUUAUUUUAUUUUAUUUUAUUUUAUUUUAUUUUAUUUUAUUUUAUUUUAUUUUAUUUUAUUUUAUUUUAUUUUAUUUUAUUUUAUUUUAUUUUAUUUUAUUUUAUUUUAUUUUAUUUUAUUUUAUUUUAUUUUAUUUUAUUUUAUUUUAUUUUAUUUUAUUUUAUUUUAUUUUAUUUUAUUUUAUUUUAUUUUAUUUUAUUUUAUUUUAUUUUAUUUUAUUUUAUUUUAUUUUAUUUUAUUUUAUUUUAUUUUAUUUUAUUUUAUUUUAUUUUAUUUUAUUUUAUUUUAUUUUAUUUUAUUUUAUUUUAUUUUAUUUUAUUUUAUGUUGUAUUAUGCUAUGUUAUGUUAUGUUAUGUUAUGUUAUGUUAUGUUAUAUGUAUGUUAUGUUUGCAUGUAAAUCCUUUAAACUUACAUGACUAAUGUUCCAGGUAUUUUUUGUACAGGGGACAUGGUUUCAUUGCUGCAAGGUGUUAGUGCAUGGCCCAGUAUAACACCCCCGGCAUCACCCUGUAAGAUACCACACACCAUGAUACAUGUACCUCUAACAUUAAAUGGUCUUUAUAAUACUGCCAUUUUACCUGAGACAAAAGAAGAAGGCUGAACCAAUUAUUAUAUUGCAUUCAUUUGGCACACAAAAUCUGAUUGCCUAAUAAGUAUGUGAGAAUGUUUGAAAAUGUGCAGCAGACAACAGCACUCUUAUAAGCUUUUACUUUGUGCAGUUCUCAAGUGAUUUUGAUAUUAUUAUGACUACAAUAGAGGAGUUCACGCUCAUAGUUGCAUCUUGGGUAAUCAGGGCAAGAUGGAGGGAAAUCAGAAGAUUUGUAUUAGAAUUCAAAGCCAAAUAUUUCUUCCUGACUUCAUUAUUUGAUGCUUUCUCUUUGAAAAGAGUAACUUACGAGUUCAAAGAAAAAAUACACUAAAUCUGGAGUGCAAAAAGAAGUCCCUGAUUAGUUAUUAGAAAACCUUGAUUUUCCCAUACAUUUUCUGUAGUUCAACAGUAUCAAAAUUACAGAAAAUGUAUGGAAAACUUGAGGUUUUGUAAAAACUGAUCAUGCACUUCUUUUAGUGUAUUGUUUCUUUGAACUCGUAAGUUACUGUUUUCAAAGAGAAAGCAUCAAAUAUAUGAAUUCAGGAAGAAACAGCCGGCUUUGAAUUCUAAUACAAAUCUUCUAAUUUCCCGCCAUCUUGCCCUGAUUACCCAUGAUGCAACUAUGAGCAUGAACUCUAUACAUGGUUUGGUCUUCUUUGUUUAUAGCUUUUUGCACUUAUAAAGCCAUUUCACUUCCUUGUAGAUGCUGUUACUUUAAUAAUCCAUCUAACUUGGCCUCACUCAAUACUAAUGAAACACCUAUUUUUUUAUUCAUUUAUUAAUAUAUUUCCACUUUUUUCUUCUUCUUUUUAUGACAAGCGUAUCUAAAUGUAAUGAUGUUAACUGUACUUUAUCUCAUAUUGUAAACUUUCUAUGACUCAAGCUCUAACAUUUGUUUGUGAUUUAUAAUCUACCAUUUAUAAUCAUUAUGAAAUGAAAAAAAAAAUAAAACUUGGCCUUUUUUAUAGUAGCCUGGCAGAGAAAUAGUCUAACAGUUUUCUAUAGAGUCUUGAAUUCUUGAAAAGUCUUGAAAUUUGCAAACAAGUUUUCGGACCUGAAAUAAGUGUGAGAGAUAACAAUACUAAUAUUAAGUCUGGAAAAAAGGUAAAAAGUCUGGAUUUUUUUUUUGCAACUCCCCAACAAGUGCUUGAUUAUUUCUAAGCGCAAUUUUUCUCAGUAGUCAAUUAUAAUCACAGAAUGAGAAGUUUUAAAACGCUCUCAUGUCCUGUUGCAGUUUGGUUAUCGUAUGUUUGCAAUGCAUCAUGGGAAAUCAUUGUUUAUGUAUUUUUUAAACGUUUCUAUCAGUUGUCUGUAAGUCUGGGGGGAGUCUUGAAUUUUGCGUCCAAAAGAUUUCUCUUAGUAUUUUGUUCCUCGGGUACCCAUUAUUAGUAGCAAGAGAGAGAGUGUGGAACACAUUUCCUUGUUACAUGUGGUAACCCACUACCGAAGCAGGACUAUGAAAUUGAAGUCCACUGAACAUACAUGUAACCACUGCAUUUACAAGUAGUACCAGUGCUAUGCUAUUAAAACUGCUUUGUGAUUAACAGCAUAUUAAUGAUUAUGCUUGCAGUUUAAACCUUGCUUGCUAACUGCCUAAGGACAGUUGUAUUAAUGAAAUUUAGUUUCUUAAAAACUGUUUUUAAAAGUCGCUCUCUUUCUUCUCGGUGUGUUUAUGAUGUCCCUCUGAAUUUAAACUUUAAAAAAGGCAACAGCAAAACGUAAAAAAAAAAAAAUGUCAACUUUUUAACAGGUGCUUUUAAAACCACGUACAUAAAUUCUUAUAGCAACUUGUUAUUCAGCAAAGCACACAGUGAAUAUAUAGUUGCAGACAAGGUGUGAGUGCAGCACAAGGCUAGGAAAAAAGGAAAUAUCACUGUGACAGUGUUUGGUGGCUCCCGACAACCCUUAUUUUCACAUUUAGAACUUUUUGGGCUCCUAACAAUUCUUCGUAGAGCACAUCCUUGGGACACCUAGUUUAAUACUGACCGUCUAUUUUCUUGAGUAAAGUUCCAGCGGAAUGAUCAUUAAUCAACACUGUAAUCCAGGCACAAAUUAAAGCUCACAGUUGUCUUGUGUUGUUUAGAUUGCCUUCACCCAAACAUGAAUGGAGAGAAUGAUACAAGUGGAUAUAGCAGUGAGGAGGACAGUCGAUAUCCCCCUCAGAUGGCACUUACACCCAUACCUGGCUCACCUGUUCCAUCAGAGGAUCAGUAUCAUAACAACCCAAAAAGACCACCUAUCUUGCCAAGGUUUAGUUUUGAGGUUGGUAGCUUUCACUGGUAUCCCCAUUGGUUCAAUAGCAGGAUUAGCUCUCUUGGUAGAGCGCUUGACAGCAGAGCAGGAUUUCGUGGGCUCGAUUCCCGGGACCAGACCAAUACUAAGGGUCUUAAAAUAACUGAGAAGUGAAAGUACUGCCUUUGCUUUGCAAAGGGCUAAGCCUUCGAGUGGCUCAGAUGACCACCUAAAAAUAGUAGCCUAAAAAGCAGUAAUCUAGUACUAAAUACCUGGACACUCUCAAAUUAAGUGCUUUUUUCACUAAAUGUUUAGGGCAGUUUUUGUUUAAUAGUUAAUUGAACUGUGUGGCUCCCAUGUGGAGGGGUGUCCUUUAUGGGCCACCUAAUGAGCUCGUAAUUUAGUAACUCUGGGUUGAUCUGAAAUGGGGCUAUCGUUAAAUGAGACGUUUUCUAAACCCUUGUAUAAUAUUUCAAAUGCAAUAAAGCUUUUCAAUAAUCAAAGGGUAAGAAAUAUCUAGAACAAAAUUCCUGUGUAUCUUGGACGUUUUCUAGAGCAACUCUUCAUGGUAAAUGUUGGUCUAAAAUGACGAGUCCAAAGUUUGAGGUUCCCUCGGUACCCAUUAAGUGUGUAAGAACCUCCAGUCAUUUAGAUGUAUAUGUGUACUAUGAAUGUUCGGUAGCUACCAGAAAGUUGUUAGGAUGUACUCAUGCCUUAAGAGGUCAAGGAUAGAAAUUAUGGCUGAAGACGUUUGUCUGUAUAUUGCACUGCACGUUAAACACGUGACUGGGUCGAGUCUCCUUGAUAAGACUAGAAAGGCUUCUGAGACGUCCUUUUCAAUAUUGUAAUAAUUAUUUUUUUAAGUUCUAUCAAAAUGUUGUAACCUCAUAGUAUUCAGCAAUUAUUAACGUAGAAAAUGAUCUGCCUCACAAGUACAGUAUGCAGAACACUAAAAGUGUCAUCUGAAUGAGUUUAGAUCUUGUUACGUACGUUUUAGUCUUUAGGUCCACGCAAUUACUGAUUGAGAAAAUAAACAAAUGUAAUAUUUGCUUUAUUCAUCAGGACCAAGUGUCGCCUUUCGUACGGUCUUCAGGGCCGGGUACCUCUUCAGCUUUGGCACCUAUUAAAUCCAAGACAAUGCCAGAAAGAUUAAGACUCAGUAACACAUACAAGCCCACCCCAAUGGAUAUCAAACCGCCUUCCCCGUCAACAGAAGCACCGUUAGCUCCACUCAAAGUAGCUAAAGUAAAGCAGAGCCCGGUUCCUUUGAACGUUAAAUCCCAGCAUAGUGGAUCGAGCAGCCCAAGAGAGGUCGCCUCUCCAGAAAGUACUGACAAUGGUAAACAGUGGGCCAGGAAAGUCAAGGUCAAGUCUGAUCCUCUCAGUCUCUCCCCCGUUAGGUUUGUAACCAUGAGAACAGUAUUUACAAGAUUCUGGGAAAUGACCCACUUACUCCUCCCCUGAGACCCAACAUUUUGCCUUUGCUAGCAUUGAUUUAGGGGAGGGGUAUGGGUAGACAAUAAGGAGCUAAAGCAAAGACCUUAUUGAGCAACGCACCUCAACCGGAAGUGAGACAUUUUCUCUUUUAAUAUACCUUUACGCUACCAAAUGUGUAUUGCUAGGUGUCUUUACUCUUAUAGAGACGAUUCCCCUGAUAAUGUAGGCACAACAAGUGCUCAAGAAUGCAAAAAGUCCACUUCUUGUUGACGUACGUCGCUCUUUGCUUAAGUUCCCAAAUUUUCCCGGAAUUCCCUCAUUAGGUAAAUAGUAAAGUAAUUGUCAUAUAUUAGUCUGGAACAUUGUGCUUUGUCUUUCCUUCUUGCUUUGAAAGUGUUGCAUGUUCCCGAUGAUCACUUUGCAGUCGUCUUCCUUUUCCAAAAAGACAGCCAGACUCUGCGUAGAACCCUGGUAUCAGUUUCAAUCCAUUUAUGGGAUAUAGCUGGGGUUUUUUUGGCGUCGACCUUGUUUGCCAAAAAAAAAGUCUGCAGAGCAUUCAUAUUCAUUCUUCUCAUUCAUUCUUCUCGGAUAAGGACGAAAAACCGUAGCUCCCGUCUCACAGCACUUUCACUGAUCUGUUCUUGUGGGACGUAAAAUAACCCACACUACUGUUGGAAAAGAGUAGGGGACGUAGACCCCGGUGGUGUGACCAACCUUAACGGGUUGUGGGAUUGGGUAGGGAUGGCACCUUGCAUGGGACCUUUGAGUCCCGUUUGUGCCUAUUCCCUCUGGGCAGGCCUGUGUCCAGAAAAGCUUGUAAAACUAAAAAAAAAAAAAAAAAACUAAAAAUUUAUUAUUGGAUUUGUUAGGUGUUGUUUGGACAGCAAUUUUAAGAGCUUAAUGUUAGCCUUUUGCUUUCGGUUUUUAGUGGUGACAAUGUGGAUAAAGCAAAAGAAAAACGCCCAAUAGCGGGGAGUACCGCUGGCCAGAUGCUUCCUGUCAUUUUAGAUAAGUCAAGUCACGUGACACAGGUGCAGGGCUCCAGGCAAGACCAGAUAGGUAAAGUGGUUAUAAUUAUAGGAACAGUCUAGUAGAAAUUUUUGAGUAAAGAGGUCAAUUUCUCACUAAGAAAAGAAGCUGUGGUACUGCACUAGCUGAUGGGGGAGUGAAACACAAAAAUUUGGUUUUAUUAACUGAGUUGAUAAGGUAAAUUGUCCACCGAAAAGGUGCUGACGUCUUCCUCUCCAUCAUUUGAUACGUCUAGGCCGUCUAGAGAUCCAUAUCGCUCUUUCAAAUCCCAACAUCGAUGUCAGUAUCCUAGCUCAGGGUUAUUGCGUUGCCAUCGUUAGCCUCUCCUUACUUUAACUUGACAUUGAACAAGAUGAAAAACGCAAAGCCUUAUUAGUCAAGUAAGAAACUGAAUGAAUUAAAUGAUUGUGCUCCUUGUUGCUAAUUCCUAGUAUUUUGGAGUAAUUCUCAUAGAAGGCGUCAACUUUAGAGGGGCGUCUAAUACAGUUUUAACAGCGUAGACGGGGCAUUUAUAAAAAGGCGUUUAUUUGGGCGCCUGUUAGGUCAUUUACGGUAUAGGAAUGAUAGGGACGGAUUGGUUAUUUAUAAGGUACAAAAAAAAAAGAGGUUGCAGUGCACACCGCCCACGUGGGCACCCUGAAGCAACAGAAAGAGAGCGAGAAAGCGAGACGCCGGCACAGUGUAAAAUGAACAACAGCCAGUUAUGAUUAAGGUGUUUGGCUCAGGCCUCCGUUGGAAAAAGUUGAUUUCCUACCUCAUAAGGAUAAUUACGACAAAGACGAUGAAGAUAAAAACGUGAUCAAGAAUGUCCCACAGGCCUCUCACCUUUCGUCACAUUGUUAUGGUGUUCUGGUGCUAUAAGUGUUCUGUUUUUAACUCUGGUUGUAGCUUAAUACUUUUUGUUGUCGUUGUUGUUGAUUCAUUUGUAGAAGCAAAGAAAAAAGGCCGAAGGAAAGCAUCCAAGAAUCAGAGUAUUCCUGAAGAUUUAGGUAAAGUGACGUGAAUAGUUGUGACUGGGUUAGAAUUUGAUGACUCGUGAAAAUUUUACUCGUUCUCCAACAAUAGUGAUCAGUACGGGUUACAUGCUACAGAUGUCGGUGACUUGCUCAGAUUGUCGAAGUUAGUAGAUCGAUUUACGUGGCUUAUUCACAUAACUGUCCACCGCCUCCAGAGCAAAGUUCGAGUACGUUCAUGUUGUAGUCUUGAUAAUAAAGCAAUAGUUGGUUUGAACUCGCAGUCUGCUAUUCACUAUGACAUCUACUUUAACUUUUUAUGGAAGUAAAUGUUUUGUUGUUGUUGAUUGUUUGUUUGUUUGCCAUAAAACUAUUUUUAGGUGUGAUGUCAUCUGCAAAUAGACCUUUCCUGCAUUCCUCUAAGGCACCAACUCGAGGCUCGGGUGGACAAAAUACAGUGAUUUGUAUUAAAUUGUCCACCCGAGCCUUGUCCUCAUUUCUUUAUGUUUGUUUACUGGAGCGUAAUGCGGGAAAGGUCUAUAAAAUGAAAGGGUGUAUGUUUAUUUUCCUGCAGAUUUGACGCCGGGUGGAGAUCUGGAUGAAAGCGUUGUAGAAGACAGCCGAUCAACUAGAAAUAUAGGACUUUCGAAAGACAAGAAACCAAAAAAGAAAAAAGUGCGAAAAGUUCUUAGCUGGAAUUUUUAGUGAAUUGAUAGAUUAUUUAUUGAAAGAGUAAAGUACAGAUCAUGUAAAUUUAAAAAAAAUACAGAAUGUCUCUGAGAAAAUUCAGUUCUAGUGGAGGUUUUCUCUAUAAACAGAGUUUAAAUUUUAGGUGUAAUGUUUCUUAUGUGUGUAAAUAUUAGAAUCUUGUUAUUUUAUAAGAGCUUAAGAUUUAUCAGCGGAAGCUUUCGUGAAGCGUGAUUGUUUCAGGUGUUUAUUUGUAUAGCCAAAGUAUACUUGAAGAUGUAUUUAUUGCUAAAUGUCAGGCUAUUGUUAUGUAAAGAAUAACAGUGCGUAUAGACUAGUUGUCUUUGUGUUCAGACAUUUACUGAAAACGAAUGCGGGAGCUUUACUACAUCCCGCGUCUACGGUUAACAAAAGCUCAGCCUCGGUCUUCAGCUGUAGUUGUCUGGAUGCCGGCUUUUUUCCUUACUUCGCGAUUAGGGUUGAAGCUCGGCCGAGAAAAAUCUGCGGGCCUAAACUAAGGGGAAUUAGGUUUCAAAUGUUACACAUUUAAUAUCGCUUCGUGUGCAUCGAUUCAUCCACGGUUGAAGACCGAGCCUUUGAAAAAUAGAACGUGCGCUUUCUUGGCGCUGACGAAAUAUGGAACGCGGUCUCUUUAGACUAUAAUCUUGAGUAAGGUUGUAUUCAGUGUCUUCGCGCUGUCUUGCGUACAGAAUAGAAAAAAUAGGGUGCGAAGUGCUUCAUAUUUUCAGUAAUUUUGGAGAAUUUUCAAUCUUAAAGGGACGUUUUAAUUGUGUGCUUGUUGUUAUGUAAUGUUGCCGCUUCCAAACUACAAACAAUUUUGGGUAUAAAAGCUUAAGUCAACUCCAACUUAGCAUUGAACAGAUGAUCAUGGCUGUAAAAUAGUUAUGGAUGUCACUAAAAGAUACAAGAUGUGAAUUUCAAGAGUAAAUUAUUUAUCAAAUAUAAAAGAGAAUACAAAAUAAUAGGCAGU